AUGGUUUGGGUGCAACUUUUCAAUAUUUUCUUGAUCUUUUUCGUUACCUUGGCAAUAUUUCCUGGUCUGCAAGCUAACAUCAUGGCAACCCACGAGGAUUUUAUUCUCACUCCGAAAUAUUUUGUGCCCGUGAUGACAUAUCUCAUUUUCAAUGUGUUCGCUUUCCUUGGAAAUAUUGUUCCUAACUGGAUCCGGUUCCCCGGCCCUCGCUGGUUGUGCAUCCCUGUGUUGCUGCGUGUUCUGUUUAUACCGUUGUUCAUGUUUUGCAAUUAUAAGCCUAUGGUCAGAACAUUUCCCGUCUACAUCACUUCCGAAUGGCUGUACAUGUUCAUUGGUUCGUUCAUGGCUUUUACCGGCGGCUAUUACUCUAGUUUAGUAAUGAUGUGCGUACCCCGACUGGUGAAGCCACCACAGGCACCCAUUGCUGCAAUGUUAGCUACAUUCUUCCUCGUUUUGGGCAUCGUCGUCGGCGUCAACUUUACGUUGGUCGUCUCUUACGUAACCGAAAACUGCGGACCUUGUACGCCGUUGAUUCUUCUCAACGCAACAGUCGAUGCUCAGUGUUAA